AUUCGAAAUCAGUUCUUUUUUUGUUUGCUGAGUGACGCUGUGACUCUCAAAAUCUUUGUGUGUACUAGUAAGUUUAUGUUUUUGGAUUAACGAUCCCAGAACAAUUACUCACAUUGCGAAAAUAUCAUCGUCAAGAAUGAAAAAAAACUAGCGUUGAUUUUGUAUUAUUCGCUUUCAUUAUGGAUCAAGUUAUUGUUACAACACUAAGUGCUUCGUACAUGGAAUGGCACAUAAAAAAGGAACUUAUUGAAAAAACAGAUGUCAUUACUUCUCCAAUCUUUCUUUGUUCGCGGAAGAAACCGUGGCGUUUUGUUUUAAAGUGGGUAUUGAUUUGGGAUAACAAUGAUUAUAUAACGUGUUUAAAAAUAUUUCUUCAACGCUCAAAUGAAGAUGAUGUAGAGGAUGAAGUGAAUUCAAAAAAAAGUUAUCUACAAUACAAGAAUUGCCAAAACUGCGUAACUUACAGAAAAUCACUUUCAUUAAAUGAAAUAACGAUUUCUGAUAUACAAAAAUCAAAUUUGAAUAAAUAUUUGAAAAAUGGAAUAAUGGAAAUUCGCUUUUGGCUUGUUACUAAACUAAAAAACGAUGAAUAUUGUACUUUACUCUCAGUUCUACCUUCUUCAACACUUUAUAACAAUUCUGACUUUUCAGAUGUUCAGCUUUCAGUUGGAAAUCAAUCAUUUCAUGCGCAUAAAGCCAUUUUAGCUAAUUGCAGCCAAGUAUUUGCAACAAUGUUUAACAUUGAUAUGAAAGAAAGUAAAGAUAAUAUAGUGAAAAUUAAUGAUCUUAAUGCUGAAACUGUUCAGAGCAUGUUACAGUUUGUUUAUACAAGAAAAGUAGAACAGCUUAAUGAAAAUAUAGUAAUUAAUUUGUUAAUGGCUUCUGACAAGUAUCAAAUGGAGGAUUUGAAAAUUUUUUGUGAGAAUUAUUUGUAUCGGUCAAUAAAUUGUAAUAAUUGUAUCAGAAUUAUUGAGCUUGCAGAUCUGUACAAAAUGGAUUUAUUAAAAUUUUGGGCAAAAAGUGUUAUUGCUCAAAAUAUUAAAACAAUAUCAACAUCAGAAGACUUUAUAGAACUAGGAAAAAAAAAUUACGAUCUACUUAUGGAAAUUGUUAGCUAUUCUUUUGAUUGCCAUUGUAAAUGAGCAGUCUUAUGAGCUGAUAUGGAAAAGUUUUAACCAGAAUUAUUCAAAAGUUAUGUUCAU